CUCAUCAAUACGUCAUACACACGCAUCAUAGAAAAACAUGGUCGCCAUUAUUCGUGUUGUUUCGUGUAAAAACCCACGUACAUAGAACAACGCCAUUGUGCAUUGUGCUUAGUUAAAAUAUUUAUAUUAAUUAGCAUAUUGUUAUGCAUUGAAUAAAGUGUUAUCAUUUUAAAAUUAUCAACUAAUUAAUUACAUACAUCAAAAGUGAGUUAAUAAAUUGUCAAGAAAAAAAAAAACAAAAUUAUCUUCAUACAGUUGAAGAAAGCACAACAAAAAAAAAACCUUCCACGAGAAUAAAUGACAAAAAAGUAAAAUGUACAGUAAUAAUAAUAUGAAUCAAUGGGAUUCUGGCUAUGUGCCAGAUCGACGUGGUCACAAUUCAACUGACUACAAUGAUUAUCGUGCUGGUGGUGGUGGUGGUGAUUAUAGAUCAAGUAAAUCACCAACAGAUCACAAUGAUCAUCAUCAUCGUGAACAUCGUUCACCAGAUUACAACAGUAGAAAUCAUAGAAGAGAACGUGAUAGAGAUAGAGAACGUUCAAGAGAUCGUUCAAAGGAUCGUUCAAGGGAUCGUUCACGUGAUCGUCGUGAUCGUAGUAGAGAAGAUCGUUAUCGUGAAAGAGAUGAACGACGUGAUUAUGGAAGACGUGGUGCUAAUCCAAGUGCUAGUGGAAGUAGUGGUGUUGUUGGUGUUAGUGGUGGUGUUGCAGGUAGUGCUGAUAGAAAUUCAUCAGAACGUGAUCGUGAUAGAGACAGAGAACGUGAAAGAUCACGACGUGAUAGAGAUCGUGAUAGAGAACGUGAUAAAAGAAGUAAAAGAGAUGAACGUGAACGUGAUGAUGAUCAUAAUCAUGAAAAUGGUGAAUUUGAACAUGAUCAUGGACGUACUUAUGGAUCAUCAAUGGAAGGUGUACAUUACAAAUCACAAACACCAAAUAAUACCAUUAUGAUACGUGGUCUUGCUCAACAUAUUACUGAAAAUGACGUGCGGCAAGACAUCCUCAAUUGUGGUCUCAUGCCCAAGGACAUUAGGUUAAUUCGCAAGAAAGAUACAGGUGCUUCUCGAGGUUUUGCAUUCGUCGAGUUUAACGCGACACAGGAGGCUGCACGUUGGAUGGAGAUGAAACAGGGUGUUCUUAUGCUGCAAGAUCAGUAUCGUGCUUUGAUGCAGUACAGUAUACCAAAGGAUUCCCAUUCCGAUAAACCAACAAUGAAAAAUGCCCAAGACUGGCAUUGUGUCAAGUGUGGAGCUCACAAUUUUAAAAGACGUGAAACUUGCUUUAAAUGUACAGCAUCAAGAGCUGAAAGUGAAGAAGGUGGUGAAGGAAGUGAUGAAAUAAGUCCACAUCCAACAAAUACUGUAUUAUUACGUGGUCUUGAUGUAUUAUCAACUGAAGAUUCAGUACUACAAGCAAUGAAUUGUGCAUCAACAAUGCCAAUAAGAAGUAUUAGAAUUGGUCGUGAUACAUUAACAAAUACAUCACGUGGUGUAUGUUAUCUUGAAAUGUCAAAUGUUGUUGAUGCAAUGUAUCUUUAUUCAGCAUUACAACAACAAAAUUUAUAUGUUGAUAAUAGAAAAGUUGAAAUAGCAUAUUGUAAAUUACAUCAAUUAAAUAAUGCUGGUGCAUGGAAAGCAAAUAAUCAAUCACAAAGUUAUUCAUUAGAUGAUGUUACACAAUUAGCUGAAUAUAGUGCAAAUUUAUAUGCUAAAACACCAGCACAAAAAGCACAUUAUUUACAAUAUUAUACACAAUAUUAUCAAAAUCAAAUAAUUCAAGGUACAACAAUAACAUUACCAUCAACAAAUCAAACAGAUAGAGUUAAUGCUGCUGCUGCUGUUGCACAAUCAGCUAUACAACAACUUCAAGCAUCAAGAAAAUUUGGUGAUGCUGAAGAAAUGAAAUGUCGUCCAACACCAACAAUACCAUCAAGUACUGAACUUGCUAGUGGAAGAGUACCAGCUCAUUCAAAUGAUGGUAAAGUUUAUUCAAUUCCUGAUGUUAGUACUUAUCAUUAUGAUGAAUCAUCUGGUUAUUAUUAUGAUCCAAGUACUGGUUUAUAUUAUGAUCCAAAUUCACAAUAUUAUUACAAUAGUCAUACACAACAAUUUUUAUAUUGGGAUUCUGAAUCAUUUUCAUAUGAGCCAGCUAAAGGAAAUAUUACAGGAACACAAAUUAUGCCUGGUACAGCAACAUCAAUGAUGAUGUCAACAGUUGCAACAACAACAGCAACAACAACAACAUCAUCAGCAGCAACAUCAACAGGAAUGAUUGAUACAACAAGUGAUAUUGAUAAUAAUCCUAGUGGAUCAUAUGGAUCUUAUGAUGUUAUGAAAGAAGAUGAUAAAAAAAAAGAUGUUAAACAGGAUAAAGUAAAAGUUGCUAAAAAAAUAGCUAAAGAUAUGGAAAGAUGGGCUAAAACAUUAAAUCAAAAGAAAGAAAGUACAAAAAGUAAUUGGAAUACAGAAUAUUCUGUUAAUGAAAAUUAUCAAAAUAAUAAUAAUAGUGGUAUUGGUGGUAGUAGUGGUGGUGGUGGUGGGAGUGGAAGUGUUAGUGGUAGUAGUGGUAGUGUUGGUGCUGCUGAUGCUGGUUAUGCAAUAUUAGAAAAAAAAACAGUUACAAAUACAUUUCAUGAAGAAGAAGAUCAAUCAAAUAAUGGUCUUGUUGCUGCAUAUGGUGGUGGUAGUGAUAGUGAUGAAGAAAUUGAAGAUGUACAACAAGAAGAAAGACAACAUACUGAUUGGACAAAACUUGCAUGUUUAUUAUGUAAAAGACAAUUUCCAAGUAAAGAAGGACUUAUGAGACAUCAACAAUUAUCUGAUCUUCAUAAACAAAAUCUUGAAAAUUGGUAUAAAGUUAGAGGACUUGAUCCAAAUGAUCCACAACAAAGAAAUAAUAAAUAUCGUGAUCGUGCUAAAGAAAGAAGAGCUAAAUAUGGUGAACCAGAUCCACCACAACCAAAUAGAUUAAAAGAAAAAUAUUUAAAAACAAGAGUUGAUGAUACACCACCAAAUUAUGAUGAACCAACAAAAGCUGGUAUUGGAUCUGAUAAUGUUGGUAAUAAAUUAUUACAAAAAAUGGGAUGGAGUGAAGGAAUGGGAUUAGGAAAAACAAAUCAAGGAAGAACAAGUAUCAUUGAAGCUGAAAGAAGAAUUCCAACAGCUGGACUUGGUGCCAAAUCAUCAUCUUACAAUGCUGUAUCUGGUGAUACGUAUAAAGAAUGUGUCAAAAAAAUGAUGUAUGCACGUUAUCAAGAAUUAUCAGAUUCGUAAAAUUAUUAUCGGUAAUUAAUUAAUUCAAAAUUUUAUAAAUAAUUAAUAUGUAUAAUCAAACUUUUGUAAGUAAUUUUUGUUUUUUUUUUCUUCUUUUUUUAUUAAGUAUUAUACAAAAUUAUUGAAAACCAUGGGAAAAAAAAUUUGUCUUUUUUUUAAAUUUUUUAAAAUCAUUUUUAAUGUUUUUUUGUGUUUUAAAUAAUUCAACUUUUUUUUUUUUUCUUGUCGUUUUGUAUUAUUGAGAUGAAAAAGAAAAAAAAAAAAACUUGACGCAAUUUUUCAUUUGUUUUUUUUUUUUUAUCAAAAACACAACAAAGUUGCGUUAAAAUAUUUCAGUUAAUUUUUUUUUUAUAUUUCUAAAAAAAUACUAUUAAUUAAAAUUGAUUUUUAUAAAUAGUAAUUUUUAAGUACUGCUGUUGUAUUAAAUUUUGCACGAUAGACAAUAGAAAAAAUUAAAUUAUGAGCAAUUUUGUAUGUAUAUAAUAUAAAUAUUAUAUACCAAUGCAAGAAACAUUAAUUAAUAAUAAUAUUGUUUAUGAUAUUUGAA